ACAUUCUAGUAGUCGUCAGUCUCAAUUUAGUCGAGUUGAGUUGCACACUUCACAUCUGUCUUGAUAUUACCGUCCGGUGUUGUUGCGUUGAUAUUUUUAUUGUGGUUGUUUUAAAAAUCGAUUCCGGUCAUAAUGACGUCGAGUUAUUUGAUUCUGUCACUUCUACUAGUCUCUGCCCUUUUGGGGGGCUCAUCGGCUGUAGGUGCUUUAGCUACUGAAACUGUACAACCUAACAGUGACCAUGGCUUGCCUGACUCUGCCAAGAGCGUAUCAACAGCAAAUGCUGCAGUGCAGCCUUUGGCUGCUACUGACACUCCAUCAGUGCUGCCUCAAUCUUCACCUACUUUGACUCCUGCUCAUGCAGCCGCUGAUCCUAAUACCACAACGACUACUGUGGCACCACCUCCAACUCCAGCUCCAUCCCCUAACACCACCACUUCAACUGUGAAGCCAACCCCCCCUCCUACCACCACCACCACUUCAACUCAGGCACCACCCCCUCCUACCCCAGCUCCAUCCCCUAACACCACCACUUCAACAGUGAAGCCAACACCUCCUACCACCACCAGUACAACUCAGGCGCCACCUCCUCCUCCUCCUCCAACCCCAUCCCCUAACACCACCACUUCAACUGUGAAGCCAACACCCCCUCCUACUCCUACUCCAACUCCAACCCCAUCCCCUAACACUACUACUUCAACUGUGCCACCAUCCCCUCCAACCCCAGCUCCAAACACCACAACAACCACUCCUAAACCGACUCCAACUCCUACACCUGCCCCUGCUCCCAUCACAACCACCCCAGCCAGUAAAUCUCGUCACUUUGAUGGCCCCAGCUUCAUUGGUGGCAUCGUCUUGGCUCUUGGAAUGAUGGCGAUUGCCUUUGUGGCAUGGAAGUUUUACCAAGCCAGGCAGCGCAGCUACCAUACGCUAUCUAACUUUGGAGACUCCUCUGUCAUUUGAGAAUGGUGUCAAAUUAAACUGAACUCACUAUUGUUGUCAAGCAAGUGGUUCAGCGUAAGUAUUGGCACCAUUAGUAUAAGGUGUGCUUUGAAUGGCCACUCUGACUCUUUGCAUUGAGUACUUUAAAGUGCUUCUUCUGCUUAAAAUUGUGAUUUUUGCUUCUAUUUUUUUUUCAAAUAUUUUGUUUGUUAUUUUUCAAGAAGCUUGAGAGUGAUAAUUAGCUAUUCAAAGCUUUUAGUCCUAUGGACAUUUAGCAUUCUUAGAAUCGGUCAUUGUUUUUUUUUUUUUCUUUUUGAAUGACUGCACUGCACUUGAUGUUAGUCCUACCUCCUUACAAUUAUUUGUAAUGAUCUGUGUGAUAUGUCUCUUUAAAAUAUGUCAAUGGGGAGCUGGGGUUAUUGGUUGGAGUUCAUUCUGUUUAUUUAGUAAAACUUUAGAGUGAACGGGACAGAUGAUGCAUGGUGCGAUUCAUUAGGAAACGAAUUUUAGAUGACAUGGGAGCUGUGUGGACAACUCAUUAUUUUGUGGUGUCUCACUUUGACUCCAGCUCCUGAAAGACUGAUGUUACUUAGAACUUAACUGGAUCUACUUAUUGAUUACAGCCAUGAUGUGUUUUCCUACUUAUUAAUCUCUUUUUGCGUUUGUAAACUUUGACUCCACUAUCUUUCUUUCUUUUUUUUUUUUUUUUUAUAAUAUUUCUUUUAGUCAUGUGAUCUUGUGUUGCACUUUUGUUUGAGUUUAACUUUCGUGACUUGUUUCUGAAAACAAAAAUAUUGUAUUAUUCUAACUAUGUAUUAUAACAUAAGCAUUGUGAUCUUCAGGGUUUGCUCUUUGGUAUAUUUUAUGUACCACUGUCCAUGUACUCAUCUACGAAUCUGUUUGGUGACUCCUCCAACAGUUCAGAAUCAAAGAUUGUUUGAUCUCCCGGAAGUAACUAUCAAAUUGGGUAUUUUAGAUCGUAACAAUUGACAUACAAAUUUGACCUGUGUUUACUAUAUUGUUGGUAUUACUCUUUGGCUGUCCAUAAUAGAUAAAUAUGAUUACUUUUAUCUUAUUUGACCAAACAAUUUACUGUAGGGACUUCAGAUCUGAUCUUGCUGGUAGUUUAAUGCAAUCUAUGUUUUUGAAGUUGCAGUUUUUUUUGUGCUGCCAGCAAACAAAUGUUUUGUUUAAAAGUAAAUUUUGUACUCAAAAAUUCUCAUUUUAUACAUGUACAGGCUCUAUGGAACGUGUUAAAUAGUAAACUGUGCUAGCAGAUGUACAGCUGCAUCUCAUUUAGUUGGGUAUUGUGAGGUGCAAGAUAACUUUAUAUUUUCUUGUCUGUAUUCUAGAUAUUUUUUUCUUAUUUCUCUUUUCACUAUCCUAGAUUAGCAAUGUUUUCUUUGUUAUGUUAUGUGAUUGUUUCAUUUUCAAUUAGUGCCAUGCACCUUCUCAAUGUUUACCUCUUUGCUCUUGACAAUAAAUCAAUCAGCAUUUCUUCACUUGCAAAUGCAGAUUUUUAAGCGCCUCUAUGUGCAAGGCAAACAAUUUCCUUAACCUAUGAUUGCAUGCAAUCAACUGCAUUUGAAGCAGUUAUGGUAUUCUGCUUUUUAUUGUUAUGUAGUUCAGUGGUGCAGGUGAUUUCUCUUCAUUUAAUUGUGAAGCACAAUAUUUUUGUGCUGUUGCUAGUCUUAAGCUAUUAUUACAGCUUUACCCACUAAAUAGUUAGGGCUUUGAGUUGUUUUGGUUUUGGAAGUCUGUUUGACCUUAUCAUGUCUUUUCAUGAUCAUCUGACCAAGAUUUUUUGUGUCAGAUCUGACUAUAGAUGCUUAUUGAUUAGACACAUUAUUGAACGUUAUUUUGUUAAUGCAUAGUUUGUAUCGGUGAACAUUGACUUGUACCACAUGAUUUACUUUUCUGUGUGUGUAUGUGAGAGUGUGUCCUGCUCAACAAAAUCAGUUAUAAGGUUUUAUUUCCCACAUCAGGAAAUAUGGUAUGGUCAGUGAUGUGGCUUACUGCACUCUGUGCUUCGAUGGGCGGUUGAAAUUGAAGGGCUCGUUCUUAGCCUGGUGAAGUUAAUUUCCUCCACUUAGGCAUCACACAUUUUGUGUGAGACCACUAUUAUCUCCAUAAAGAUACCAUUAUUUGACUAGUGAUGUUAGAGAAAAAAUCAUAUGUAUUGUUAAAAGGUGGGUUAUCCCAACCCACAUAUCCAAGUAUGAUAUUGUUUUGUUAAUCCAAUUCAUUUUGAUUUCGUAUUAUUUUACGUUCAAUGCUUAUGUUCUAAACUCUUAAUGUAUUGGUAUCUGUCUUGCUCCAGGUACAAUCACAUGGAUAUUUUAAUGACUCAACAAAAUGUCAUGAGCACAAUUGCCUCUUCAAGGCCUAACCAAAAGAGCAAAGUUUGAUUUAUUUUGGUGGUUACUGGAAAUUUUAAGAAUAGUGUCUAUUUUAGUUGCUACAGCAGUAUCUUUUUAAGCUAGCGGAUUCAGUUGCCCAUGGAUGGCCUGAGUUUUAUAAAAUAGGGGUAGUUUAUUAUGUGGCGGCGUGUUCCCACCAGAGCAUGAUGUGUUGGCAUUUUCUUGCCCAUUAAUAUUGAAUGUUGGCAACACAUCAAUCCCUUGCCGUAUUAUCUCAAGACCAUUGAGUGCUUUAUAAGUUGCUAUGAUCAUUCUUUUUGAUGCAAAUUAAAAUUUAAAAAUAAAUCCUCUCAUGCAAGAUGUGGGACGUGAACUUACUUAGGUAAGAAUUGCUGAUAAAGCUACAUUCCUUGUGAAGCUGUGUGUGCAGCCAGACGUGAUAAUCAUGAAGUCAUUUGAGGAGGAUCUAUAUAUAUAUAUAUGAUACCAAAAUAUUUUGAUUAUGUGUAUUCAUUAUGUGAUUGAUGUAUAUUCACAGUUUAAUCCAAAGUGGAAAAGUGUUUGAAUUGAAUAAAGUGAGGAAUUUAUGAA